AUGACCUGGCUUACCAACUUGACGGGCUUCAUUGCCCCCUUUUUCAUCAUCAUGUCGCCCAUCAUCUCGUACGGCGACCAGAUUCUUGCCAUGCAUCGGAAUAAAUCGAGCGCCGGCUUUUCCCUGGACAUCCCGUUGAUUAUGCUGGUGGCUUCCUUCUUCAGAAUCUUUUACUGGCCGGGCUCGCGAUUCGACGCUAGUCUGUUGGUGCAGUCAUUCAUCAUGGUGGUGGUGCAGCUCAUUUUGCUCAAGAUUGCGCUGGAACACAGGCCGCUGCCUGCGACCAAGGGCGGCGAGGGCAGCAUGCCGUUUUCUGGUCUCCAACAAGGCGGUCCGUUUGACAUUCAACGGCCCUACAACUUUUGGCAGUGGCGGUCGCACAAGCCAUACUGGCACUUCCUCCUCUACCUCCUCGGCGGUCUCAUCGUCUGCGAAGUCCUCCUCCGACCCAUGGAGCCCAUCUACGACGCGUACUCGGUGCUCAUCGGAUACCUCGGCCUCUCCAUUGAGGCGACCCUGCCCAUCCCGCAGCUGAUUGCCAACGCCCAAUCGCAAUCAUGCAAGGGCUUCCGACUGUCCGUCCUGGCCGCCUGGAUCGGCGGCGACGCCAUGAAGGUCUUUUGGUUCUUUACGUCUACGAGCGAGAUCCCCCUGGCCUUCAAGGUCUGCGGCUGCUUCCAGGCCGCCUGCGAUUGUUUGUUAGGCAUCCAGUAUUUCAUUUAUGGCGCCGGUGGUGACGAGGCCGUUUUGAAGGAGCACGCCAUGGAGGAGGCUCACUGGGCGCGCGGCCACCGGGCCUCACAUUCCCACACGCGGAGCAUGUCAGCCGGGCAGCGAGGGGCCACGUUCAGCGAUACCGAGGCGGAAUAG